AUGGCUCCGGAUACUCCUCCUAUGCAUGUCACGAAUGAUAGACAAGUGCGGAACUUGAUCGAGUUGGCCAAGACACACUUUGUACGCCUUUGUGUAUCAAGCCAGAGCCAAGUAGAAGCUGGAGUUGAUGAUGAUGCGGAUGUGUCUGAUGGUGAUGAUAGUAAUUUUGCUGAUGAAGAUACUAGUCAAGAUACUGAUUCAGAGUGGGAUGAAGAUAGUAAUGAUGCUGAUGAUGUUCAAGCAACUGCUGAUGAUGUUCAAGCAACUGUUGCUGUUGAUGUUGACGAUGGUGUAAACUACAAUGAUUACGGGAAAGUGAAAGAUGAGGAUUCUGACGAGGAUGCAAAUGAAACGCUUUAUGAUGGUUAUAAAGCACAGUUCUCUGGUGGGGAAGGAAGAUCGUUGUCCUUAAAGGACAAUAUAUAUGUCGGUCAGAGUUUUGCUAAACGGGUUGGGAUCAUAGAUGGGCUUACACCAAAGCAUAUCAAAGACGCGAUGAGGAACAUGUUUGGUAUGAAGCUUGAUUACAACACUUCGUAUAGAGCUUUGUUAUCUGCGCAAGAUUUGGUGAGAGGAACAACAGAAGAUAGAUAUGAGAAUCUGCCUUCUUAUUUGCGUCAGAUCGAGAUAUCGAAUCCGGGAACUGUCACAUGUCUUGUGAAAGAUGGUGAAAACAGAUUUAAGUAUCUAUUCCUAUCUUUUGCAACUUCGAUAGCUGGUUUUAACUAUCUUAGGAGGGUUAUUGUGGUGGAUGAGACUCAUCUAUGUGGAAAGUAUGAAGGAGUUAUGCUACUUGCUGCUGUCCAAGAUGGUAAUUUUCAGAUUUUUCCGUUAGCUUUUGCGAUUGUAGAUGCGGAGAAUGAUGAGUCAUGGGAAUGGUUUUUUACCCAAUUGCGGAGAUGUGUUUCAGAUCAGUAUGCUUUGGUGAUAGUUUCUGACAGGCACGGUUCCAUUAAGAAGGCGUGUGAGAAGGUUUUUCCUUGGGCAGGGCGAGGAAUAUGCUAUUAUCAUCUACAACAGAACAUAGUCCAAAAGUUCAAGGGAAAGCACAUGUUGUACUUGGUCAAAGGCGCUGCUUAUGCACAUACGCUUUUCGAUUUUAACCGCUACAUGGAUGAGAUACGGAGUAUAAACCCAAGCCUUGCAACAUAUUUGGAGAAUGCUGACGUCUCUUUAUGGUCACAAGUUCACUUUCAAGGUGACAGAUACAACAUAAAGACUAGCAACAUCGCAGAAUCCAUCAACUCUGCACUUAAGCCAGCCAAAGGAUUCCCAAUCUCAUUCCUUCUUGAAUUUAUCCGCGAGAAGCUAGGAAGGUGGUUCUUUAAAAGGAGAGAAGAUGCUUUGAGUCUCACUUCACAUCAUAGUCGGGGAGUCGAAAACUUGUUGGCUAUUCGUGAAGAGUAUGCAGAUAUGAUGAAUGUGGAGCGUAUUGAUGGUUGGCGAUUUGUUGUGAGAGGAGGACAUCGAGAUUGUGUUGUUGACUUGGAACUUCGGAGGUGUCAAUGUGGUGUGUUUGAUAUUGAGAAGAUACCUUGUUCACAUGCCAUUGCAGCUGCAAAAGAUGCAAAUAUUCAUGUCUCUACGCUUGUAUGCCCAUCCUAUUCAAAGAAUUAUCUUUAUGCAGCAUACGCGGCAAAUAUAUAUCCCAAAAGUGACGUUUUGGAAGCUCCCAACACUGAUGACACAUCACCUGCCAAUGAAGAAGAAGCUCCUAACACUGAUGACACAACACCUGCUAAUGAAGAAGGAGCUGAUAAGGCACGUAAAUGUCUUCCUCCAGAGGUCAAGCGUGGAAGGGGUAGGCAAAAGAAGUCGAGGUGGCAGUCUUGGCUAGAAAUUUCCAGGAUGAGGGGAAACCAACCGCGAAAACUGCACAAGGAUUAUACUUGCUCCCAGUGCAAACAACCGGGUCACACUCGUCAUAACUGUCCAGGUUAA